UCAGAGGAGACAUCCGCACAGCUGUAGCAGCUCUGCCGGCCAAACUAAACCCUGCGGAGGGAGAACCGUGUCUCCAGCGCCUCCCGGACCGUUCAGUCUUUGUUGGCAUCAGACAGCGGGGGCUGCAGGAGGAAGCGCUGCAGAGCCCGAAUCCGUCGGCGGCGUAAGGGACGUGAUAUGAACCUCUCAUCGGUUUCACGGCAGCGCAGCUAAACAGCCCCGUUUGCAGGGGGACCGAGAGGACAUUUGUACCUUUAACCUGCAGCCGAAGGCCCGAGAAAAGCGACAGAACCUGCAGCCAUGCCCGGGUUUGAUUACAAGUUCCUGGAGAAGCCAAAGAGACGCUUCCAGUGUCCCCUCUGCAGCAAGGCGAUGCGCGAGCCGGUCCAAGUGUCCACCUGUGGACACCGCUUCUGUGACACCUGUCUGCAAGAAUUUCUAAGUGAGGGCGUCUUCAAGUGUCCAGAGGAUCAGCUGCCGUUAGACUAUGCCAAGAUCUACCCAGACCCAGAGCUGGAGCAGCAGAUCCUGGCUCUGCCCAUUCGAUGCAUUCACAGCGAGGAGGGCUGCCGCUGGACCGGCCAGAUGAAGCAGCUGCAGAGCCACUUCUCCACCUGCGCCUUCAAUGUGAUACCCUGCCCCAAUCGCUGUUCUGUCAAGCUGACGCGCCGCGACUUGCCCGACCACCUGCAGCACGACUGCCCGAAGCGCAAGGUCAAGUGUGAGUUUUGUGGCAGUGAAUUCACCGGUGAAGCCUAUGAGAAUCACCAGGGUGUGUGUCCUCAGGAGAGCGUUUACUGCGAGAACAAGUGCGGGGCGAGGAUGAUGCGUCGCCUGCUGUCCCAACACAGCAUGGCCGAGUGUCCCAAACGCACGCAGCCCUGCAAGUACUGCGGCAAGGAGUUUGUCUUCGACACGAUCCAGAACCAUCAGUACCACUGCCCUCGCUUUCCUGUCCAGUGCCCAAACCAGUGCGGCACACCCAACAUUGCCCGAGAGGACUUGGCUAACCAUAUGAAGGACAACUGCGGCAGCGCCCUCGUUCUCUGCCCCUUCAAAGACGCCGGCUGCAAACACAGGUGCCCCAAGCUGGCUAUCAGUCGUCACCUGGAAGACACCACUAAGUCCCACCUGACUAUGAUGUGUAACCUGGUGGGCCGGCAGCGGCAGGAGAUCCUGGAGCUGCGGAGGGAGAUGGAGGAGCUGUCUGUAAGCCACGACGGCGUGCUCAUCUGGAAACUCAGCGACUAUUCGCGGAAACUCCAGGAGGCCAAACUCAGAAGCAACCACGAGUUCUUUAGCCCACCCUUCUACACUCACCGUUAUGGCUACAAACUGCAGGUGUCAGCCUUCCUCAAUGGUAACGGCAGUGGUGAGGGCUCCCAUCUCUCCGUCUACAUCCGCGUGCUACCUGGAGAGUACGACAACCUGCUGGAAUGGCCCUUCUCCUACAAGGUGACAUUUUCCAUCCUGGACCAGAGCGACCCGUCACUUUCAAAACCCCAGCACAUCACGGAGACCUUCAACCCUGACCCCAACUGGAAGAACUUCCAGAAGCCCUGCAGCAGCCGCAACUCGCUGGACGAGAGCACCCUGGGUUUCGGAUAUCCCAAGUUCAUCUCACAUGAGGAGAUCAAGAAGAGGAACUACAUCCGGGACAACUGCAUCUUCAUCAAGGCUUCUAUAGAGAUUCCACAGAAGAUAAUGGGUUAAGAUCCAAGCUUUGAUUUCUGUCUAUGAAGGAGAAAGAUGGGUUAAAGACUGGAACUGAAACUUAACCUUGAAAACUUCUACACACUUACCCUUUAGACACUUUCUGCCCUCACAGCCUCUCCACCACAGAGCUUGAAAUGAGCCUCUCUGGCUGUAAGUGGACUUGGAGGACCUUGAUAUAUCACAGAGGAGCAAGUGUUUGGUCUGCAGAGCCAUCACUCUCUGGUGUUUCUUUCUUAUUGUUUUUUUUGUUUGUUUUUUUAUUUCCGUUUGUUGACCUUUAAUCACAGUCUACAACAGAAAGCCUUGGAAAUCAAACAGUGCCUAAAGAGUUUAUCUUAAGUUAUGGUUUUGUUGUUUUUGUUUGCACCAUACAAAUGGUAAAAAAAAAAAAAACAUUAUGGAACAGAUAUAAAACAAAGGUGAAGGGCUUCACAAGCCUCUACAUUUAGAGUAGGAAGAAAGGAAAAAAAAAAUAAGCUGUUUUAGAGAUGUCCCGUUUUAUCUGGGGUGAUCUAAAGUAGAGGGAACAUGGCAGACUCAAGCUCAAGCCCAACUGCCUUUUGUAUAUGUGCUCAUACAGUAUAUAUGAUCCCUGAACACAGUCCCCAGUAAGAACCGCUUGUGAGAUUUGUGGACAUGCAAGCAAGUCAUUGUUUACAGGUGAGAAACUUGCAGCUCAAGUAUUGAUUAUUUUUGAUGUUUUAAUGGAGUAAUGAUUAAAGCUGGUUCUGGGUUUGAACCUCCUGAUUGGCUGUUAGGUUAAUUGGUGAAUUUAAAUUGGCUGUAGUUGUGAAUGUGAGAAUGAGUUGGAUGAUGGUUUCUUUAUGUUAGCCCUACGAUGAACUGGCUCUCUCUCAUUGUCAGCUGGAAUAAGCUUGGAAAAGAAAAUGAAUGGCUCACUGGAUGUUUAGUUACAUAAAUAUUACGCAGCUCUUGUCUGUAAAAAAAGGGAAAAAAAACAAUCUUAGCAUCGAUCGAAAACUGGAAACAGCUAGCCUGCCUUUGUUGAAGAGCCUGCUAGCCUGCAAGCAACUGUAGCCAACCCUCCUGUGGGGUUUAUACAGCUACAGACACCACAGAGGAGUAGUCAUUUUGAAGUCUGUCUGAAGUCCACCAGAAGGGCAACUGGGCAGCUGGUGCUUUAUAGUGUCGGACCAAGUAGACCCUAUCAUGAUCACAGAAACUGUAACAUUCCUUUAAAGCUUUUUCAUACAUCACUUUUUAAAGGCUUUUCCUCUUGUUUCCCCUUGAUAAGCUAACUAUCGACCAGCUGUAACAAAGAAAUGAGUGUUAUCAACUGUUAGAUUUAAACCACUUUAACAAUAAAAAUCCUGCAAGCAUUUGAAAUAUCAGCAUUAUCUUCCGAUUCAAAACAGUUGAGGUUGUUUGCAUGUGCAACAGUUGUGCAGUGAGACCAUCUCUUACAAAGCAAAAAACUAUUGAUCAGAUUAUUGCAAGCAGAUAAAUUUGUGUGGCUAUGAAAUGGUUAUGAUCAGGCAACCACACAACAUCCAAGCUCAGCAGGCCAAGCCACAGCCGCCAGUACAACAGGUUGUGAGUCCAAAUGUUGACCAGUUUCAUUAGUUUCUUGUCAUCACAAGCGAGAAUAUUUGUGUUGUUUUAAUUGCUAAAAGGAUAAAAUGAAACAGUUCUUCUACACAAAUCUUCAUUCACUACAAAGUCCCAAGAAAGACAUUCAGGACUUUAAGUUCAUAUCGUCUGGCAGCUUUCACUUUACCACCAAGACAUUGAGAAAAGAUGGUCAAAGGUUUUUCUGUGCUGAAAUGUUUGCUUUCAAACUCCAAAAAAACAGUUUUUCACCUGCCAACAAUAAAACUGCAGCUCUAUCUCCCGAUUGAAGGACCUGUUCAUGACUUUGUAUCUUUAGCUAGUUUGACCCCCAUCGUGAGUAGCUUCAACCAAACAGAUAAUUCAUAGUGACCCCAAGAGGCUUCAUAAUAAGAAAUAAAAUCACCUUUUGUUGGUCUUUGGAUGAGCAGAGCAAAGAGGCCAGCUGUCAGAGUACCUGUGCAUUUAACAGAGAAGGAAAAGCCAUGUGGCCUUUUUAUACAGUAUGUCUUCGCAUGAGGGUUUUAGGGGUGAGCAGGGCAACAUAAACACAUGCAUGCUUCAUGUGCCACCACCUGGAUCACAUUUUUGUACUGUAACUUGUAAAAUCCUCUCCUCUUGAUGGCUGUUCUGUCUCUUUCUUUUUGACCAUUGGAAAGAUGACAAAUUGUCAAAAAGAUUAUUGUUUUUUACUUUUCUUUUGUUUGUUUUUAUAUACAGAAAAUGUGAACACUGUUUUUAAUAUAACCUAUAAAGACAACGAACACUUGGCUGUGAAGUGUGUUUUACGUAGCCUGGGCACGAAGGGUGUACUGUAUUCUGAAAAGACGGCGAGCUUGAUGCACAAUGCAACAGUGAGGAGCGGCCCUGCGCUAUACACUAGUCUCCAUCAUGGCACCAUAUGAGGUGUGGACAACUUUCUCGAUGCAGUUCACUCAUGAUGUAUGUGAAUACUAAUGUAAAAAUGCAGAAGCACAUUCUGUCUUUUUAUGAUUAUACAUGGAAGAUAAUUCCUGAUUUCUUGUCAUAAUACCAGCCGAUAUUUUACAGUGAUUUAAAGAAGUGAAAAGAUAAAACUUUUUGUAAGAUUCUGUAUUUUUAAAAAUACCUAACUGUUUUAUACAAACACCUUUCAUUGGAGAGUCGGGGUUGACUUUGGGAACUUUCGGACGCUUUCGUCUCUUGGACAUUUGGAGAAUUUAUUUGUCCGUGUGGUGUGAGCCUCACAUAUUCUGUCUGUAUUAUUUCCUCUUAAAAGUAUUUAUUUUAAGGAGCCGUUGUGUGAGUUUCCACACAUGGCACCAAAUGUUUCAAUAUGUUGACUGAUGAGUGCUUGUCAAUUUCUUAAC